AAACCUGAAAAAAUUUUUAAAUCUCACAGAAAAAGAAAGACUUUAAUUUUGUGAAGCAGAGAGAGCACAGAAAAGAAAAGCGAAAGCUGCUUCGUCUACACACGCCUAACGCCUUGUACUUUUUCCAUUUUCCACCCCUCUCUCUUUCUGAGAAGACUUACUUCCUCCUCCAUAAACCGCUGGAUGUUUCUAGGGUUCAUGCUGAGCGCCAUUUCACUAGAUCCUGCUCUCUGUGCUCCAUCCUCAGUCUCUGCGUUUCUCAUCGUUGUCUCCAACGUCUUACUGUAGUUCUGAGCAUUCUUUCCGGUUUAUUUAUUUUAUUUUUUUUGAGACCGAUCGGACAUUUGAAGAAGUUCGCUGGGAUUCUGAAUUUUUUUUUUUUUGUCCUUCGAUUUGUUCUGAGUGGUUUGUGUUGGCAUUUUUGCUCCGUGGGAGUAUUAAGGACGGGAUUGUGCUGGUAGAUCGGCUGAAAUUUGGUCGGUUUUGUGUUUUGUUGUCUUUAAAGCAAAGAUCUGCUAGUGGAAUAACACUGUUGCGUGUAUUGAAUUUUGAAGACCGGCUUAAAGAGUCGAAUGAUUUCUUAAUAUCAGUGAAAGAUUGAGAAAUUAAAGCACUGAUUCUGUUUUCUAUAGCAUUGGAGGGUUUUGCUCUUGUUAUUAUUUUUUGCCAAAUAUUUGUAUUAGUUUGAGAUAUUUUAGGAUUAGAAGGAAUAUUUUGGUGUUGAAAUUGAUAACGGCGACUGAAGAACGAAGGGCACUGUGAUACGGGUCUCAAAUUAUGGUACCCGUCAUUGAAUUGUUAAGCAGAUAAUUUGCUGAGUGGGGUCAUUGUUAAAGUGUUAGGGACCUUUUAGAAGGAAAAAGAAAAGGUAGCUUUUUUGAUCUCGGUCUUAUCUAAUAGCAUCAGCCGACACUCAUAAUUCUGGACCGGUAAACACUUCCAAGAACAUGCUGCAGAAAUCUCAGGUUCCACCUUCCCUUCAGUUGAUCAAAUCUUUGCCUGAUGACUUCAGGUUUACAGGUUCACCGUCUGAUCAUCAUGAAGACAAGUCUACUGUUUUAAAUGCAGAAAAUAGUGGUACAAUGCCUUCCACUAUACCUGAAAAUGUCGAUUUAGGUGAUGAGAUUGUUGAGGACGCUAUUAGCACCAUGGAUCAGGUUAAUGAUGAAUCUCCCUACAGUAGGAAACCCAUAUCAGUUGGAGAAGCACCUUCUUUAAAUGCAGAGGACUUUGAUUUUGUUGCUUCUCCUUCGCCUUCAUUAUCCAUAGGCAGUACUGAAAGCAAGUGGGAUGAUACCAGUUCUUAUGCUGCUAAGAAGAAGCAUCUAUCUUGGUUGCAACUUCUGGAUGGGGACUGGGAGCUGGGGAAGAUAUUGUCAAGUUCUGGGACAGAAUCUGUUGUUUUGCUCCCUGAAGGAAAAGUUUUAAAGGUGAACGCUGAUACUCUGUUACCAGCAAACCCUGACAUCCUUGAUGGUGUUGAUGAUCUCAUGCAACUUAGUUAUUUGAAUGAACCAUCGGUAUUAUACAAUCUUCAGUACAGAUACAAUCAAAAUAUGAUAUAUACAAAAGCAGGGCCAGUGUUGGUCGCAGUUAAUCCCUUCAAAAAUGUCCCUUUGUACGGGAAUGAUUUUAUUGAAGCAUACAAGCGUAAAUCUAUUGAGAGCCCACAUGUUUAUGCAAUUGCAGAUACAGCCAUACGGGAAAUGAUAAGAGAUGAAGUAAAUCAGUCCAUCAUCAUAAGUGGUGAAAGCGGAGCAGGAAAAACUGAGACAGCUAAAAUAGCAAUGCAAUAUUUGGCUGCACUUGGUGGCGGCAGUGGAAUAGAAUAUGAAAUAUUGAAAACAAAUCCGAUCCUUGAAGCUUUUGGAAAUGCAAAAACAGCUAGAAAUGACAACUCAAGUCGCUUUGGAAAGCUGAUUGAAAUUCAUUUUAGCGAAACUGGAAAAAUAUCGGGUGCCAAGAUACAAACUUUUCUCCUUGAGAAGUCUAGAGUGGUCCAAUGUAUGGAGGGAGAAAGGUCAUAUCAUAUAUUUUAUCAGCUGUGUGCUGGAGCUCCAGCCUCUCUUAGAGAGAAAUUGAAUCUGAAGGGUGCAAAUGAAUAUAAGUAUUUGAGACAGAGCAAUUGUUUUUCUAUAAAUGGCGUUGAUGAUGCUGAACUAUUUCACAUUGUUGUGGAAGCUCUGGAUAUUGUUCACGUCAGCAAAGAGGACCAAGAGAGUGUGUUUGCAAUGCUUGCUGCAGUUUUGUGGUUGGGAAAUGUCUCAUUUACUGUUAUUGAUAGUGAAAAUCAUGUUGAAGCAGUCGAAGACGAAGGCCUAAUCAGUGUUGCUGAAUUAAUUAGAUGUAAUGUUGAGGAGCUUAAGCUGGCUUUAUCAACUCGCAAAAUGAGAGUUGGAAAUGAUAAUAUUGUCCAAAAGCUAACACUGUCACAGGCCACUGACACGAGAGAUGCUCUCGCAAAAUCAAUUUAUGCUUGUUUGUUUGACUGGCUGGUCGAAAAAAUCAACAAGUCUCUUGCUGUAGGAAAGCGGCGUACUGGCAGAGCCAUCAGCAUUCUUGAUAUUUAUGGAUUUGAAUCAUUUGAUAGGAACAGUUUUGAGCAGUUCUGCAUAAAUUAUGCAAAUGAAAGAUUGCAACAACAUUUUAAUCGUCAUUUGUUCAAGUUAGAGCAGGAGGAAUAUGUACAAGAUGGCAUUGACUGGGCAAAAGUUGAUUUUGAAGACAAUCAGGAUUGCCUAAAUCUUUUUGAAAAGAAACCAUUGGGGUUAUUAUCUCUGCUAGACGAGGAGUCCACGUUUCCAAAUGGCACAGAUUUGACAUUUGCAAACAAGCUUAAGCAGCAUUUGAACUCUAAUCCUUGUUUUAGAGGAGAACGGGGAAAAGCUUUCAGUGUUUGCCACUAUGCAGGAGAGGUUAUCUAUGAUACAAGUGGAUUCCUUGAGAAAAACCGAGAUUUGUUGCACUUGGACUCCAUUCAACUUUUGUCUUCUUGCACAUGCCACCUUCCUCAAGUAUUUGCAUCCAAAAUGCUUACUCAGUCUGAGAAGCCUUUAGGUGGCCCUUCAUAUAAAUCAGGUGGAGCGGAUUCUCAAAAGUUAAGUGUUGCAACAAAAUUUAAGGGUCAACUGUUUCAAUUGAUGCAACGCCUAGAGAGCACAACACCACAUUUCAUACGUUGCAUCAAGCCCAACAACUAUCAAUCUCCUGCAAUGUAUGAACAAGGACUUGUUCUGCAGCAACUAAGAUGUUGUGGGGUCCUUGAAGUUGUUCGAAUAUCAAGGUCUGGCUUUCCUACCAGGAUGUCUCACCAAAAGUUUGCUAGAAGGUAUGGUUUUCUUCUGCUGGAGGACGUUGCAUCUCAAGAUCCACUUAGUGUUUCAGUUGCAAUUCUUCAUCAGUUCAACAUUUUACCUGAGAUGUAUCAAGUUGGAUACACAAAAUUGUUUUUCCGGACUGGACAGAUUGGAGUGCUCGAGGAUACUAGAAACCGUACUCUCCGUGGCAUUUUACGCGUUCAAAGCUGCUUCAGAGGUCACCAGGCUCGCUGUUAUCUUAAGGAGCUACAAAGAGGAAUUGCAACUCUUCAAUCUUUUGUUCGGGGUGAGAAAACUAGGAAGGAGUACAUGGCCUUGCUACAGAAACAUAGAGCUUCUGUGGUUAUACAAAAACAUGUGAAAAGGAGGAUUGCCCAGAAAUCAUUUAGGAGCAUUCAUGAUGCAUCUAUACUGAUCCAAUCAGUUAUUCGUGGCUGGUUAGUCAGAAGAUGUUCAGGAGACACAGGACUAUUCAAAUCUGGAGACAGAGAGGGUAAAGAGUCAGGUGAGGUGCUGGUGAAACAAUCAUUUCUUGCUGAAUUACAGCGUAGAAUUUUUAAAGCUGAAGCUGCUUUGAGAGAGAAAGAAGAGGAGAAUGACAUCCUCCACCAACGGCUCCAACAAUAUGAGUGUCGGUGGUCUGAAUAUGAGCUGAAAAUGAAAUCCAUGGAAGAAGUGUGGCAGAAACAAAUGAGAUCUUUACAAUCCAGCCUCUCCAUUGCAAAGAAAAGCCUAGCCAUUGAUGAUUCUGAGAGAAAUUCUGAUGCAUCUGCCAGUGUAAAUGAUGAUAGAGACGACAGCUGGGAAGUGGGAAGCAAUUUCAAGAGUCAAGAGAGUAAUGGGGUGAGACCAAUGAAUGCAGGUUUGAGUGUUAUUAGCCGGUUGGCUGAAGAAUUUGAGCAGAGGACUAAAGUGUUUGGCGAUGAUGCCAAGUUUUUGCUUGAGGUUAAAUCAGGUCAGGCGGAGGCAAGUUUGAACCCAGAUCGGGAGCUUAGAAGGUUAAAACAGAUGUUUGAAGCUUGGAAGAAAGAUUAUAAUGCAAGAUUGCGGGAAACAAAAGUGAUUUUGCAUAAGCUUGGAAGUGAAGAUGGGACUGGUGACAAGGUGAGAAAGAAGUGGUGGGGGAGGCGGAACAGCUCGAGGAUAAAUUAACCAUUUAAUAUAUGCUACUUCGUUUAUAGUCAUAUCAAUUGUUUGUUAGCCCCUUCCUAUAUAUUUUUGCGAGGAUUGUGGCAUAUAGAAAAUUUUAAGACUUUCAUUUCGAGCAAUUUGGUGCAUUGCAAAGAUCAGCUACUCAAAUGUUGUAUCAUUUUCUUUCUUUUUCUAUUUCCUUUUUCAGAUAAGAGGUCAAGUUCCAUGUUGGUGAAAUCUUGAAGUGCUUUAGGAUCACAUUAAAUACCAAAUCUAUCAAUCCAUUGUUCCAUUCCCUGGAAAA